ACCUUCAGCGUGUGUUUCUGGCUUGAAUAUUAAUCAUGAGUACUGACCCGCAGCCGGCGCGUUUUGUGCACCCCAGCAGACGAAGGGACAAGCCCAUCUUAAGCUGUACUCUUUGUCGGCGACGCAAAUUGAAAUGCGAUCGUCAACAGCCGUGCAAGACCUGUGUCGAUCGUGGUCUUUCACUGUCAUGCACUUAUGUGCGCAAUAUGCCAACACCAAAAGAACCCAAAAUCCCAAACAGUGUACAUGAUCGCAUCAAUCAGCUCGAGAAGCUUGUCACCAACCUGAUGAGUGGUAAAGAUGCCAAUCACGUCUCACCCACUCCUAGCCACAUGUCACAGCAUCAAGAUCAGAACUCCCACGAGAUACCAGAAACUCCGGACCGUGUCAAGUUCAACAACGAAACUACGAGUUACACAAAUAGCGAGCAUUGGACAAGCAUUCUCGAUGGGAUUUCGGAAUUGCGUGAGCAUCUCGAUCAAAUUCCCGCAUCAUCUGAUACAAAAUGUGACGAAUUAGAAGAAGCGUCUUGCCCAGAAAUCCUAUUUGGACGGCAAAGGUUUGCAACUAAAGAGGAUAUACUGGCAGCAAUGCCGCCAAGACUUGAGGCAGAUCAAUUAAUGAAUACCUUCUUUGUAAAAUUGGAUACCCAUGCCACAAGCAAGUCUCCCGUCGUGAUCUACGAAAAGUUCUGGCUGAGUCCAUUUGAAACGCCAACCAUGUGGGUGGGACUUCUCUACGCUAUUCUUGCCACUGCAACUCGAUUUCAGGCGACUUUCGAUGGGCCCAUGUCAAAAAGCGUUGGCACGGGGCAUAAUCAUACCCAGAGUCUACACUCUGCACGUAUAAACUUCUAUCGCGAGAAAGCCGUACAGUGUAUGAUUCUUGCAAACUAUACGAAAUGCCCGCCAUAUACAAUUGAGGCAUUCAUGCUUUACUGUGCCAGCGAGUUCUCACGCUCUGCCGAUGCUCAGUUUAGCUCAUACAUGGUCGUCGGCAUGCUCAUAAGACUAGCGUUUCGUAUGGGACUACAUAGGGAUCCGUCAAGAUUUCCCAACAUCUCACCUUUCGAAGGCGAAAUGCGACGACGCAGGUGGGUUUCGAUAGUGUCUCUUGACCUUAUCACAUCAGCACAGCUGGGGUUGCCAAGAAUGAUCCAACCGCACAUGUACGACACCCAAGAGCCCCGGAACCUGACCCAGGAAGAAAUUUACGAGGACAUGACGGAACUGCCACCCUCGAGACCAGAAUCGGAACUUACACAGCUGCUCUAUUUCAUUCUUUUGGUCAGGAUUCGAAAGAUCCAGGCGCAGAUUCUAGACAUGAUACAAGCCUCACCGCAGCCGCCACCGUACCAGGCCAUAAUCGACAUCGAUACAGCGCUGAGAUCUACCUAUAGCCAAGUCCCUAAGAGCCUCGAAGUCAAGCAUCCCGGCAAAGCUAGUGCCUCUUUAAAUUCGAGCUUGAUGCGUUAUACUUACUUGGAAUUGGUCUAUCUGAAGGCUCAAGUGAUGCUGCAUCGCCCAUAUCUCAAGCUUGGAAGAGUCGAUAAGCAUUACGAAUACUCCCGGAAGAAUAAGCUGGACGGGGAUAUUCAGCCUAUGGAUGAAUAUGUCUCGUUGUUCCGUAUGACUGCCAUAGUCAGAAUUAUGACUUCUGUAAUUACCCAGGACUUUCUCCUCGCUACUAGUGUGCUAGUCCUUGACCUCGAUGAAGACUUGAUUUCCCCAUUGCCCAUCGUUGCUGAUAGGAGGGUGGCAGGAGUGUCCCAGUUAGAAACAGGGAUGCCAACACGCGAAGAGAUUAUAGCAUCGCUGCGUUCUGCGUACCACGUCUGGUCAAAGAGGAGUAAAGGAUCUCAAGAGGCAAAAAAGGUUGCGGCUGCAGUGAAACUAGUGCUGUCCAAAGUAGGGGAACACGAAGACCACACGCACAGCCCCUCGCAUUCCGUGGAUGCUACAACGUCAGAACACAACGGUGUCUACCCAUCACCGGAUUUUGUGUUUAACGAGCAUAUGCCACCACGUCAUGUGUCAAAUCUAUUCCCAACUGGGGAAGACAGUUACAGUCACUCUCUUCUCUAUAGCCAGAUUCCCAUGGACCUGGACAGCCUGAACAUCCCUCUUGAUUGGGAAGGUAUGAUGUUACAUCUUGACGCCCAGCAGUACAAUGAUACUCAACAACGAUCCCUCCAACAAUACAGGCUACCGCAAUGAUUUCCUCGCUUAUGCAACAAAGCUGUCUCUCGUUAAAUUUUGUUCUACAUAUGUCACAAGGCAGCAGGCAAUAGACUCAUAUUUUGU